AGUUAUGUAUAUUGAAUGUGUUAGGUUUCAAAUUUUUCAAUCAUAUGGCUUUAGCAUCCAUUCCUCAUCAAACUUACAUUCCUCUGCCAUCUUUCAAUUCAGGUGGUAGGCAUGUUGAUCAUGAAGUAGUUUUAAAACCAGUCCCCAUUUAUAUCAUCAGCCAUGAAUCUCAACUUCCAGCCACAUUUCUCUACCCUUCUCCAAAAAAUGAGAUGGUUGUUGGACUUGACUGCGAGGGUGUUGACCUCUGUAGAUAUGGAACUCUCUAUAUUGUGCAGCUUGCUUUUCCGGACGCUAUCUACUUGGUUGAUGCAAUACGCGGUGGGAGAAAGUUGAUUAACGCUUGUAAGCCUGCUCUUGAGUCUGUUUAUGUCACAAAAGUUAUUCACGACUGCAAACGGGAUAGUGAGGCAUUAUUCUAUCAGUUUGGUAUCAAGUUGCACAAUGUUAUGGAUACCCAAAUAGCUUAUUAUCUGAUUGAGGAACAGUUGGGGAAGAAGAGCUCACAAGAUGGCCAUAUCUCUUUUGUGCGCCUUCUUGCGGAUCCACGUUAUUGUGGUAUAUCAUACGUGGAGAAAAAAGAAGUCUGUUCCCUUCUGAAGGAGGAUCCUCAGUUUUGGACCUACCGACCAUUAUCUGAGCUGAUGGUCCGUGCAGCUGCUGAUGAUGUUCGAUUUCUUCCAUACGUAUUCCAUAGGAUGAUGGAGAAAUUGAGUGAAGAAUCAUUGUGGAGACUUGCAGUUCGUGGUUCACUUUGUUGUCGGUGUUUCUGCAUAAGUGACAAUGAAUAUGCUGAUUGGCCAGCAAUCCCUUCUAUUCCAGAGUUCCUCAAUGUGGAAAGAGAAACUUUAGAAGACGAGAUCUUGUCCAUACUUGAUGUGCCACCCGGGAAAAUGGGAUGCGUCAUUGGUAGAAAAGGAUCCUCAAUUUUGUCAAUCAAAGAAUCAUGCAAGGCAGAAAUCCUAAUCAGUGGAUCGAAGGGAGCGCCAGACAAGGUUUUCAUCAUUGGACCCCUGAAGCAGGUAAGGAAAGCAGAAGCCAUGUUGAGGGGCCGGAUGUUGUGACUUGUGAGACAACCCUUUUGCUGCACCUGGAAGCCAGAGCUUUGCAUUCGUAUUACCCGAUCCUCACACUAAAAAAUCUUUCCUUUUUGCUAAUAUACAAACCCUGCUAUGCCAUAUGCCAAUUCAUCUCAUAUUGGUCGCGGUUCUAAAUCAAUGCAUCAAUUGUUGAAUUUAAAUUGGUACUUGUUUGCACUAAAAUUUUGAAUGUAUUUUAGCGCCUAAUACUUGUCUUACGUGGACGAGAUAGACAUUGUUCUAUAGGUCAAUUGUGAACUUGAUUGGUGGAGUGGUCUUGGGGGGUCAUUGUCAUGCCCACGGAGUGGCCAGCUUGGGAAUAUUGAGAAUGAUACUAGAUAGGAGUGGACUAAAAAAUCUAGUUGUAAUUUUUGUAGUGGGAGCCAUGGGAGGAUAGUUCUAGAAAAUGUGGAGAAAGUGACAAAGGGAUAAAAGCUAGCCCCCCUUCUUUCACAGUUCACAUGACCACACGGUGACUUUGGGGAAUUGCGGACAAAAGAGGUCGUUGGUGGGCUUUAAGGCCAUUGAAUUUGAAACAGCGUCACUGUACAAUGCAUGUACAGCAAAUGUUUCUUCAAAUAUUAAGAAACCUCUUCAAUGCUGAAUUGAUUUGAUGUUGGCUUUU